GAAAACAUGGCAGCUACUACCGACAACAUGGACAUCUCAGCGUCUAUUUCUGGCAUUUUGAAUGAAGAACACUGCCCUGAAAACGUGCAGGUUUUAAAAACAUUCACCACUGCGUUGCGUGACAAGGAAUACAGAGAUGCUGUGAAGGAGGAGGUGUUGUCCAGUCUCCUACAGGUCUUAUCCCGACUGUGUGAGGAGCUCCAUGCUGUCAGCUGUGAUGAUCAGGACCUGCAGUCUGUCGCCCUGCAGCUCCAGCUGACCGCCGAGUGCUUCAGGGCUCAGAGGAACGCCUGUGUCCAGAGCACCCGCAACCAAAGUCUGCUCAGGGAGCUUGGUUUCAUUGAUGUCUCGCUUAAACUCCUAAACUUCCUUCAGACCAAACAUUCGAAGAGCAACGAUGGCAUAUUUGAGCCUCUCCGUUGUGGGAUCCAGUUCCUCGGUAACUUGUCGGUUGGAAACCAAAUGUGUAAAGAUGACAUCUGGCGGCUGAGCUUCCCAAAUCUUCUCAUGCAGCUGCUCAGUGUUGACGAUGAGAAGACGGUGAACUACGCCUCCAUGGUGCUCCACACAUGUCUGGAUGAAGCCAAGGUGGAGGAGCUGUCUGAUCCCCAGAACAUCCAGCUGGCACUCCGGGUGAUGGAGCUCUGCAGGACCCAUCCUGACCUAGACUGGACGGUUCUCAUCGCUACCCAGUUUUUCCUCAAGUCUUCAGCUCUGGUGGAGAGCAUGUACUCUGGGAUGUCUCACCAUGAAAGACUUACUCUAUUAGAGCUGCUCUUCGCUCAGCUACAAGAGGAGGACUCAGAGGAGAGUGGCAUCCCCCCCGGUGUGGCUAGCUUCGUGGCUACUUCCUUCCAGAAAGGUUGUGGGGCGGUGCUGACGCUCGCAACUGGCUCCGCUUCCAGUGAGGAGGUCCUGCAGGAGGCGCUGACAGUGAUCAGUCUGCUCGACGUUCUGUGUGAGAUGACCUCAGACCACAGGCAGUUCAAGUUCCUCCAGGACCAUCCCGACCUUCUCGUAACCACUGUUGAGCUCCUGAAGCAGGUGCAUACUAUAGGGAAGGCCAGUAAGAAUGUUUUCAGCGCUGCUCAGAACUUCUCCUCCCUCGGUGGAGACGGAGACCCCUCCUCCCACUCUCCUGUCAUCAGCUUCAAGGCCCACCUCAUCAGGCUGAUAGGAAACCUCUGUUACAGCAACACCAACAACCAGAACAAGGUGAGUGCACUGGAAGGCAUCCCCCUCAUCUUGGACAACUGCAACAUAGACAGCAACAACCCAUUUAUCAGCCAGUGGGCCAUCUUUGCCAUCAGGAACCUCCUAGAACACAACAAGGAGAACCAGGAGCAGGUGGCCGCCCUGGAGCGCCGCGGCACCACCGACUACUCCGCCCUCAAGGAGUUGGGCUUCGAGGUGGAGCAACGAGACGGAGGCCUGCUGCUCAAAACUGUGAGGAAAGACUCUUGAAAAGCUUUGAAGCUCAACCCGGAGAGAUGAGGCCCUCCAUCCGCAAGCAGGUUCCAAGUAUUUGUAUAGAAAGGAAAAAAAGUACAUGUGCUCACAUCUACGCUUAGUGUUACUAAUAUUUAAGCCUUAUCUGCGGGUGAAUUACAUUACUCAACUCUUAUACUGUGCCUGUCCAGAGUAACUGACAGCCACACUGCCGAUAGACUAGGAAGAGAACGCUCUAUAAUUAGUUAUUUCUAUCAGAGAGGUAUGUAUACAUGACUUUCCUACCUCAGUAAUGCUUUGCACUAACGCCCACAUAGGGGCUUAAGGUAUUCUUGAUAAACAAAAGGCCCAUGGGGUCCCGCUGGUAUAAAGCAAAGGUCAAGACUUCAGGAGCUCCUGCAUUGUCUUCACCUAAGUCUGGGAAAUGAAGAGUUAGGGAGAGGCGAGCACAUGCUGGUACCUUUUGGCACGGCCGAUGCUCUGCGCUUUAAUCCAAAGACAAAGAGCUCCGCAGUCUCCGGGGCCUUUCACUCUUCACAGACACCCAUGUUACCAGCAGGGGUUUGGGUUUAAUCCCAUCCCCAUAGUGACUUCUGCAGUAACAGAGAAAGACAAAAAACCAUGAUGUAAUCAGCCUCCUCAGCGCCUUACCUACUUAAAACGCUGGUGCCGUUGCCAGAGAAACACCCUUAAAACUAUUUCUCUAAACAGGCAUGAUAGGACCUGAAUGCAAAACGCAAUACUAAUUACAACUGACGCUAUGCACGUUUUGUAGUCUAAAAACAAUGCUCAUAACACAGCAUGGGCUGUCACUGCAUCUCCUCUUUAAGUCUUACACUCUCAUAGUGAAUUUCAUCCUAUUCCUGCUCUUAUUCCUAACCUUCUUUCCCAAUCCUCCUACUACUACUACUACAUACAUAAGGGAUCACAGUUUAUGGCAUGCAUCAUAAAUUAUUAACCAUAUUUAAACUCACAACAUUCUUUCGUGCCUCAUUUCACACUGAGCUAGCCAUAAUUGAGUUAGACUGCAUAGAUUUACUUAGAGAUUUACUGGAUACCAUUCUUCCUUUUUUAGCUGUGUUUGCGUGAGUGUGUGCUUUUUUUCCCCCGUUUGAUAAGAAACAGAUUCAGGGUGGAUGAGAGCUUACUGAAAGUGAUUUAAUGAAUGAGCGAGUGAGAGAAUCACAGCAGAGGCAUUAGUGUGCAGGAUGACAUCCCUCCCUGCUCCUCGCGGCUGCUGGAUAAGCUGAACAGUCCUGACACCUCAACAAUGCAGCGAUUUACUGGGCUGCUCACGCCCUGCUCCACCUUGUUUGCUCUGCCUCUGAUUUUUAAUGACAAAAUGUAUUGAAACAAUCGGCUCGACUCGCCCCUCAAUCCACGGGCAUAGUGAAGAGAGCUUACGCGGUUCCGGUCCCCAGGAUUUCAGACAGCUAACAAAACAGCUGUUACUCGCGCUCCGCUGGCUGGCUGCAAUGCUUUUCAGCCCCACAGGAAAGAGUCAGCCGGGCUCAAUGAGGUGGCAUGGCCGCGGCCGCCUGUUCACCUCCUGACACAUUAGUACCACAUCAGUCAAGGCUACAAGUUCUUGUGUUUCCCAUAUCAGCGUUUUAUACCACAGGGCUCGACUACAGUGUGCCUUCUGGUUGGGAAAAACAAUUGUCAGGGUGCAUGCUUUGUGUCUGGGUCAACCUAUAUGUUUAUAUAAUGCUUAAUAAAGUAUUGUGUGAGAAA